UGUUUCCCACAAUGCUUUGCAGCAUGCAGUCGCAGAUGUUUGUCCAGCCGCCGUCGCUCCAACAAUGCAGCCUGUAACGUUGCUGUGAUCACUGCGCGAUGGAAACACUGGAACUCCGCAGCCUUGUUUGGAGACAGCCGCCCUUUCAGCGUAAACUCUGAGGACGUCUCGCUUCCGCCAUGGCCUCCGGGCAGCUCCGCCGCAGCUCGUAGACCAUCCCGGAGCCUCCGCGGGCGGUUUCUCCGUCCAACACCAUCAAUGGAGCGAUAGGAAGAACUGAGAACACAUGCUAUCGCCACUUUUGGAGAGCACCCUGGCAAAAGUUUCAAAAUGAACACGAUAAGGAAAGCUCCACCUCCCUGCAGUCCUGCUGAAUUGUGAGCAGCCAUGCCAUCCCUGCAUCACUUAACACGGGACAAUCAAUUUUUAGCACAGUUUCUUUUCAUAGAUUUGGAGAAUAACUGAAACCCACUAUAGAAAUGGCAUCGACGUAUGUGGGACGUAACGCAGAGUACAUAUUGGAGUACAGGUGAGGCUCAGCCCCAAAUCCCCAGGAAUUCUCAAAGCACCCAGACAGCUGCGGAUGACUUUCCCUGAAGGACAGAGUCAAAUCCCAGCUUUCAUCAUUUAAUAUCCAACCCACUACCUCAUCGACAAGGUCAGUUAUGGCUGCUGCUGCUUCCCGUAGCAACAGUUCCUCAGUUGACAAAGUGACAGACUGAAAAGGCAAAGAUGCAGCGUAACAUUAAUGGGGUGGGUGUUGGAGGGCAGCCAUGGGUGUUGCGGCGCGUGCGUCUCACGUGGCUCAGUUUCAUGCUCUUCUUCAUCUUGGUGUUCUUUCCUCUCAUUGCUCACUACUACCUCACGACCAUAGAUGAAGCUGGGGGUCCCGACAAGCGCAUCUUUGGGCCGCGACCUGGCGGCGAACUGUGCGAGGCCAAACACGUGCAGGACUUGUGCCGCAUUCGUGAGUCGGUCAGCGAGGAGCUGUUGCAGCUCGAGGCAAAGAGGCAAGAGCUCAAUGGCGAAAUCGCCCGACUGAACCUGCGGAUAGAGGCGUGCAAGCGCAGCAUUGAUAGUGCCAAGCAGGACCUGCUGCAACUGAAGAAUGUCAUCAGCCAGACAGAACAUUCCUAUAAAGAACUGAUGGCCCAGAACCAACCCAAACUCUCACUACCCGUACGGUUACUGCCAGACAAGGACGACCCAGGACUACCACCACCAAAGUCUGCGCGCUUCUGUCGCCUACGUUCCUGCUUUGACUACUCCCGCUGUCCUCUUACAUCUGGCUUUCCAGUGUACGUUUAUGAAACGACGUCCUACCCGUGGGGAAGCUAUAUUGACCCAUUGGUGAAACAGGCUUUUGCUUCAUCUGUAAAAAGCAACAUUUACAUAACGGACAACCCUAGCAUCGCCUGUCUUUAUGUGGUGCUUGUGGGGGAGAUACUCGAUUCUUUCUCUCCUCCUCCGUCUCCUUCGGAGUUGGAAAAGCAACUAAAAGCUCUUCCCUACUGGAGAUCUGAUGGACACAAUCAUGUACUUGUGCAUCUUUUUAGAAAGUCCAUGACCCAGAACUUCCUGUACAAUGUGAGCACAGGACGGGCAGCAGUUGCUCAGUCCACCUUCCUGGAGCAGCAGUUUCGUGAGGGCUUUGACUUGGUUGUGUCUCCACUGGUCCAUGCCCUUUCCGAACCAAACUUUUUGGAAGUACCACCACAAGUUCCUGUAAAAAGGAAGUACCUGUUCACCUUUCAAGGUGAGAAGCUGGAGUCUCUGAGGAGCAGCUUACAGGAGGUCCCGCCUCAGUCUUUUGAAGAGGAAAUAGAGGGGGAUCCGCCGGCUGACUACGACGAUCGCAUAAUCGGCACCUUAAAAGCGGUACAAGACAGCCACCUGGACCAGGUGCUGGUUGAGUUCACCUGCAAAAACCCAAGGGCAAGCUUGCCAACAGAGUGGGCUCUAUGUGGAGAGCGAGAAGACAGGCUGGAAGUUCUCAAGGUUUCGACAUUUGCUCUGGUGAUCGCUCCAGGGGACGGACAGUUGGUGGCUUCAGCGGGCUGCAAUAUGCGGCUGUUUGAGGCCUUAGAAGUAGGAGCCAUCCCAGUCAUUUUGGGGGACCACAGCAAACUACCGUACCACCAGUUUUUACACUGGAGUGAAGCAGCCAUUAUUGUGCCCAAGCCUCGUGUCACGGAGCUUCACUUCCUCCUGCGCAGCCUGUCGGAUAAUGACAUGCUGGCUAUGAGGCGGCAAGGACGCUUUCUGUGGGAAACCUACUUCUCAACUUCAGAAAAUGUUCUAAACACCAUUUUAGCCAGUAUCAGAACCACCAUCCAAGUUCCUGCAGCACCCAUAAGGGAUGAACCUGCACACGAGAUUCCUCACAAGGCAGGAAAGCUGGCAGGAACUGAUGCCAACUUGGCUGAUAACGGAGAUCUGGACCUGGGUCCCGUAGAGACGGAACCUCCCUAUGCUUCUCCUCGCUUUCUCCGCAACUUCACAUAUACAGCUGCAGACACGUACAGAGCAUGGAACCGGGCCCCGGGGCCUUUCCAGCUGUUCCCUCAUACUCCUCUGGACCCGGUGCUUCCCUCUGAAGCCAAGUUCCUGGGAUCUGGGAAUGGUUUCAGACCUAUCGGUGGGGGCACAGGAGGCUCUGGUAAGGAGUUUCAGGCUGCUCUUGGUGGGAAUGUGCCACGAGAGCAAUUCACCGUGGUCAUGCUGACGUAUGAAAGGGAAGAGGUGCUGAUGAACUCUCUGGAGAGGUUGAAUGGACUCCCAUACCUUAACAAAGUGGUAGUGGUGUGGAAUUCACCCAAGCCUCCUUCUGAAGACCUGCUAUGGCCAGAUAUCGGCCUUCCUAUUGUGGUCGUUCGCACAGAAAAGAACAGCCUAAAUAACCGCUUCCUUCCUUGGGACGCCGUGGAAACCGAGGCCAUCUUGUCCAUCGAUGAUGAUGCCCACCUUCGCCACGAUGAGAUCAUGUUUGGAUUUCGAGUGUGGCGUGAAGCCAGGGAUCGCAUCGUGGGUUUUCCUGGCAGGUACCACGCAUGGGACGUCAACCAUCAGUCCUGGCUUUACAACUCCAACUACUCCUGUGAACUCUCCAUGGUGCUGACAGGAGCUGCCUUCUUCCAUAAGUACUACGCCUACCUGUACUCGUACGUGAUGCCGCAGGCCAUCCGAGACAUGGUGGACGAGUACAUAAACUGUGAGGACAUCGCCAUGAACUUCCUGGUUUCUCACAUUACCCGCAAACCACCCAUCAAGGUGACCUCUCGUUGGACCUUCCGCUGCCCCGGCUGCCCUCAGGCCCUUUCACACGAUGACUCACAUUUCCACGAGCGCCACAAGUGCAUCAACUUCUUCGUCAAGGUCUACGGCUACAUGCCGCUGCUGUACACGCAGUUCCGCGUGGACUCGGUGCUGUUUAAGACUCGGCUACCCCACGACAAGACCAAGUGUUUCAAGUUCAUCUAGAAACGGCACAAACGCAGAGUGGAUGUAAGGAUGGGGAGGCAUUUUUAGAAGUGAAAAAGGAAAGACGAUUAAAUGAACUGACACGGAAAACCUUCAGGUUUCGCCAAGUUAAGAAGGACGGAAGCUGCUUUUUCCCACCCUUUUCAAUCACACUCAACCACUAGAUGUCAUUUGCACCUCUAACCUGCCUGCUGGCGAAAGAGACGCCGCCGUCUGCGAACCUGGAGGCAGUCAAAGCAGAAAACCGUACGGUUGGAAACUGUACGCCUUGUACAUGAGAAGCACUGACAGUCAAAAGUAUUUUAUUGAACUCCUAGUUUUCUUUUUUAAAAUAAUGUUUAAAUGUGUACAUCUGUGUGGGGUUAGCAUUUUCCAGAGCAUCCGCCUGUGGAAGACCAGAUCAAGAGAAAUGGUCCGGCCCAAUCACGUUUAGGAAGAGUUUCACUGCAGCUGUCACCAUAUUGCCUCAGAUCUGCCAUCCAAACCAGCCGUCAUGAUGUUCCACCAACGUGAUCUGCACUCUGUGAUGUGUCAACUGUUUGUAAAAAUGGUUUUAGGGUCAUCCUUUUGACCGGAACAGCAGGAAUAAUAGUAGGUUUUGAUGUUAAACUAAGGCUUUAAUCAUGCAGAAUGUUCUUCAGUGAAAAAUGAAAGAUGAAAACAGAUGAACAGACUGAAAAAUGCGGGGAAAAAUACACGCUUGUUUUCUGGUGGAGAUCAAUAACUUUCCCAGUUGAGGUUGCUAAAUGAGAAACCACAAGCACUUCUGGCACUGACUGAUGCAUCACAGAUCAUUUUAAGAGUCGGAUUAUUUCAAGACUCUGACUCCGUUGCCAGGAAACCCGAUGGUAGUCCAGAGGACAGACGCGUGAAAAUCCCAAGUUAUAUCUUUUUUUUUUAUGUUAAACAGAUUUGAGAUUUAAACCCAUAUUCUGGUUUAUCAGAAGAUUUCUUUUCAUGAAAGAGUUUUAACAUAAAGAUUUGUCACGCACAAAUAUUACACAUAUCCCACAAUCUUUAUCUAUUCUCCACCUCUGACUCAAGCGCCACUUCUCCAUGUUGCCAUGCAUCUUGAUGAAUGUCUUCUUUGCCAAAUUGGUACGACGUUUGCAGCUUUACAGCAUCGUUUGGAGGAUGCCCGUAGACGGGAUGCUGUCUGGUACAACAUCACUGCAUGGUACUUUUAUGUCAAACCACUGGAGCGUAACUCCUGUUAGAAAUCCAAAAUCCUACACUACAACAUGGCAACUUUAACCGAAAAGAUAAACUGGUGUUUUCUUUGUGCCCCUUGUAACAGUGCUUUCAUGAACCGAAUUUACAAAUAUAAUUGUUUAUUUAUUGAAAACAUCAUUAAAGAUUGUUUUUUUUUUUAAACAGAGAAAUGCACUAAAGUGGAAAGACGGUGUAGUUUCUUGUUCCACAUCACACAGAUCUUUGGCGAAAAAAAAGAUGGAGCCUUUAGUUCUCUGAAGUCUUAAUGAAAUGUUUUUUUUCCAGAGACCACAAAAGGAUAAAACCCAGAUUUUAGUUUUUUUUGCUAACUUGGACCCAUCUGAGCACUUCUAAAGGAGCCUUGGGAGCCGCUUAAUUUACCCAUCAGGCUUUUAACGCCUCCUCCAGGCUUCGUCUUUUUGGUCCCCUGGUGAUUCAGAUCAGCAGCAGAACUGGUUUUCCGUGGCUCAGAGCUGAACGACUCCACCCUGUGUGCUGUGAAGACAACUGAAACCACAUCCUCCGGGGUUUGACACAGAACACCGGGCGUGGCUUUAGUCACCUGCUACGAGCACCGGAUAAGCAGCAGCAUCAAACGGGAUCGGAGGUCAGAUGAAUGAAAAUUAAAGGCUUUUUAAGAAAACCACCAACUGUCUCCAUUUUCCUCUGAUUUCUUUACAAUUGAACUUUCUGUUUGAGGAACAGAUACAGAAAAGAGUCAACAUUAGAAUGAGUAAAGCUGCAGCCCUCCUGGUUAGUCUCAAAUUCAUCCUGCAUGAAUGUUUCUAAAA